AUGAACCCUACAACGUCUAAUGUUAUCCUAUUGAAAAAUACAAUCCAAUCCAAAUAUAAUAAGGACUCUGGAUUGCUAUUGUUCCAAAUUGUGCAUCACAUGUUAUUCAUCUCGAAGGAAUUGAAUGAUUUUGACUUGCAGAAUGAAAAGACAAUAUUGCACUCUGUCCAUCAGAUUUUGAAUAGUAACAAAUUGGUUGCUUUUAGGAUUAUCCUUCAUUUCUGGAAGAAGUUCAAGAAGGAAAUUACAAAUGAUCAAGUUACUGAUGAAGAGAUGAGAAUUGCCUUUGAUUGUUAUUUUGAAAAGAAGCCAAUCUUUGGAGAGUGUUUAAUUGCCAAGCAAGGAAAGAGUUGGAAGAAGUUGUUGAAAGAUCUCUUUGCUCUCAUAAAACCAAUAACCAAUGCUAAGAAGAAGGAACAAGAUUGUGGCGACUUGCUGAAAUUGAGAGAUGUGAUGAAUUCUUCAAAUCAACAAGAACAACUUUCGAAUGUUGUUUCUGCUCAUGGAGUAAUUAUGAAUGAUCAAGAUAAAGUAGAGUACUGUUCCGAAGUUGAAAAGAAGCUUUUGAUUGUAUCGAUUGAAGAAGAGAAGGCAGAAGAAAAGGUGUAUCAAGAAACUGGUGAUUCCCAUUCUCCACUAAUGCAAGAUGCUGAUACAGCACAAAGGUGUUCACAAUUGGAAGCAAAGAUGGAAGCUAUUGAGAAGCAUAGUAUUGAUAUGAAUUUCUUGAAAGACAGUCAUCUUUUAUCUGAAAUGCUUCAUCAACAACAGAUUGCUGAAUUGAAUGGAAAGAUUGCACACCUCCAAACAUUCAUUGAAGAGACUUUGACAAGACAACAACGAAAUUUUGACUUGAUGAGGUUGAUAUGUGAAGAACCAUUGAAACUUCAUGAAGAGACACCAAGCUCUUUCAAAUUGCCAGAACAAAUAUGUUACUGUAGAUGCCACUGUGAACAUUGUCAAGGUUGUUUCAAAAAGCAACAUUAA